UGGUGAGACCUAGACAGCUGAACCGCGAGCUCGGCAGGGCCUAGACCAAGGGGACCAACCCCACUUCUCCAGACCAUGUAUCAAUAUUUUGUUAUCCAUUGGGUGAAGGCCACGCUCGACAGAAGCUCCAUUAUCCGUUGAGGCCCAACGAGUGUCCUUUGACACCUCGGAAUUUUCAUGAUCGAAUUGGAUUUCAUAACAAGUUGGAGAUUGUCCGCUGCACGGUUCGGUUUCAGAUUGAUAGGUAUCUUUGAUGGCCGGAAGCGGUACCUAGGUAGGUACUUAAAGGUAUUAAUACCCCGUGUUCUUUUUCUGGGUUUCUCCCUCUCUCCAAGGUAGCAUGGCCUGACUAUUUCUGCCUCAUGAAUUACCUUGAGCACACAUUCCAAGCACAGGAUCACCUUCACAGGAUUCCCCUCACAUACCCAAUAUCCAGUAUUCAGCCGCCAUGUCCCAACACUCUCAUCCGCCCUCGACCAGCUCUUGGCACCGAAGCGUUGACGAGCGCCUCUGUCUCAUUGCAGACGGGCUCUCCGAUUACGAUGACACCCCGAGAAACAGUCUCCCUACCAAAGAUAGUAUCCCUCUUGGACAGAAGCUUCCUGGUCUUGGUCCCCUUCUCAGAGACUAUCUCAACCCAGACGUCACUGUUGAGUCAGCAGACUUCCACAAACGGCUGCUUCGUGUCUUUCGCGAAUCCGAGUACGACUCUGCCUACGGGAAAUGCUUGGAGCGACUGAAUGCGGAUGAAAGAGACCGCGUGGAAAAAUUCGUCGCGGAUGACAAGCCUCUCGAAGAGGUGUCCAAUGGUUUCGACAUGAGCGUCAGUCUGGGUGUUCGUGAGCACCUUCAAAACCUUACGGGGGUCCCUGGUUUCCAGGUUUCGUCCAGUGGAGUUCAAGCAGUGCGGUUUCCUGCAGCCACUGGGUCCAACGGCACCGAGAGCGUUCAUCUAGAAGCCCGUUCUUUUACUCCAGUGGACGUUGAUGGCCUUGCUGGAGACGACACUCUCGAUGCCUUACACAAGAACGGCCGCCUCCACAACUUUAUCCGGAAACUCAAGGAUAUGCUCUCUGGCCACAAAAAGGAGAGCAACGUCAUAGUCUACGAAAACGUGCCCUUCAAAAACUGGGGCAUGGUCGUCGACUACAUACCCCACUACACCUGCAUCCCCUCCUCUGUCGCCGGUGUCCAGAACAUUGUCAGAUUUGCACGCGACCACGACAUGUCUGUCCGCUGUGCGGGCUUCCGCCACUCUUGGGCGCCCAUCUUUGGCCGCCAGGGGCAAAUCACCAUCUCUCUCCUCUCCCUGGAGGAGGCUACCAGAAUUCCUAAUUUCACCGCCAUGUCCAAAGCCCUGCCGGAGUGGCUGUUUCGCAAGACCGAGCUGCAAACGGUGGAAGUAGUCUCUGGCACGCCACGAGUCAAAGGCAAUGUGCUUGUCAGAAUUGGCGCCAGCGCGACAAAUGAGCAGCUGAGGCGGUGGUGCAUCAAGAAUAAUAAGUACUCGUACCCGCUUAAUGUGAUUAUGGUGGAGAUGACGGUCGGGGGGACGAAUGCACCUAUUUGUCACGGGGCUGGGAGAAGACAUCAGACUUUGAGCGACCUGGUCAGGAAGGUGGAAUACGUCGACUGCAACGGGAAGCUUCAAACUGUCGAUGACCCGAGACUUCUCCGGGCGGCGGCGGGGUGCUUUGGUCUCAUGGGUGUGAUAACCCAUCUCACGCUGGAGUUUGAACCCAUGAGCUACGCGCUGAUGAAGCCGGAGAAGAUCCCUGUGUUGAGGGCUGUUCCCCCGCCGGAUGAUAUGGCUAUGGAUAAGAUUCCCCCUGCUUUGAGACUGCCGAACUGGGCGCCGGAGCAGAGGGCGGCCGACAUCAAGAGGUUUGAAGAGUUGGCGACGAAUGGGUUCUACUCGGAGUGGUUCUGGUUUCCGUACUCGGAUUUGUGCUGGGUUAACUGCUGGGAUACGACUGCUGACCCAUCAGGAACUAAGGAUUAUCCGUCGAAUGCGCAGACGUUCUUCAUGUUCAUCAGCCAGUUCACGAUGAAUGUGCUGCAGAAUGCAAAGAUAUUGAACGAGCUGGUCGAGAAGUUGCAUAUGGACGAGGCAGCGGUGACGCUCAUCUCCAAAGCGGCAAUGUUUACUCUUCCGGCUUGGGACGAGCCGGUCAAGACCUACCUGCCGGAUGCGUUGCACUUCCAGAGAGGGAUUCAAAACGUCAGGGUGUUGGAUGUGGAGGUUGAGAUUCCGCUUCAACCAUCGGAAACUGAUCCCUCGAAGCCUGACUAUGCGGUUGUCAGAAGGGCGUGGUGGGAUGCUAUUCUGACCUGUUAUGCCCACAGCAGUAAGGGGUGCCCCCAGAGGAUGCCGCUUGAAAUGAGGAUCAUGGGGGGCAGUGAUAUCGUCAUGGCCCCUCAGAAGGGGAACAAGUUGGGAACGUGUGCCAUUGAGGUGCUGACGCUGGAGGCGGCGAAGGAGUUCUGGGUGCCCUAUGCGGAAGAGGUGGUUGGGAAGUGGUUGUCCUACUGUGAUAGGGGAGGGAAGAAGAUCAACACGAGACCUCACUGGGCAAAGCAGUGGGAUGGGAUCAAUGUUGACGGGAAGCCCUGGGUGGAGAAGAUGAAGGGAGAGGAUUACAGGUUGGAAAAGGAGGAGUUUAAGGAGCUGUUGGCUGAGAUUGGAAGGAAGCAUGGCUGGUCAUUGAAGGACUUGAAGAGCAGGUUUUCGAACGACUUUUUUGAUGCCUUUUACUUUGAUAACAUCUAGAACUGGGGGGAUGAAGACGCAUGUAAUGGAGGUUAUUCAUUUGCUUUGAAGGGCUGUCGCCCCUCGUCGUUCACCGCUUGCAUUCUAGACUCGUUCGUACGCCCAUCAUCAUGAAAUGUCUAAAAGAGAUCAAGUGAAGGGGCUGGAAGAUCAGCCAGUUUCUCGUCCAUUACCGCCUCGAGAUCUCAAGC